AUGCUUGCGGAAGAGUCAUGCGCGCCUUUGCAAUAUUUUUACUGUGGGUUGGAAGUUGUGGCGAUUCUCUCUUCAGAACUACUCUUUGCUAUGCGCACCUACAUUCUAUGGAACCGCCACAAGGCUGUACUUGCAACCCUCAUUACACUAGCUAUCGUUCAAUUGAGCGUGGUUAUAGUAAUUUUAGGGAUCUUUCUCGCUGGUGCUACAUUUAUAUCGUCGCUGGGUCCAUACCUGAAUUUGCCAGAUUGCAUCCUGUCUAGUCCACCAAAAAUACUCUUCGGAAUAUACCUGGUUACUGAGGUUUCGUUUCGCCAAAGAUAUUGCAAGCUCACGGAAAGAUUAGUAAUGCUCGCUUUAAUGGUCAUUCGGAUGUGGCAAAAUUCGCCACGGUCGGCUCUUGUAAAGGAAAUGGUCCGCGGCGGUGUACUAUACUACGUGUGCACUGUGUUUUUAUCAUUGGCAAAUAUCAUCGUUUGGACAAGGGGCGAGGGCACGGGAGUGACUAAUACUCUAUCUGUUCAACUCCAUCAACGCAGAUUCCAGUCAGCGUUUCACACAAUUCUCGCAUCACGAUUGCAGCUACACCUAGCCAAUGAAAGCAAUAUCGGUCGCUUCUACAUCAGCACGACAACUCCUUCCAUGGGACCCGGUGGAGGAGGCUCUAACCCGUCACGGGAGAACCACGAAUAUGAACUGGACCCCAUGAGAGUCGAAGUGGUAGCUUAA